AUGUCUUCGAUAGACAAUCAACCCGCUGUUGCGGGUUCAAACACCGCCACCCCAACCAAUUCGACUCCCUCGCCGUCUACGACCAGCCCUGCGGCUUCCGCUCCUUCGAGUUCUGCGUCCCGCCGGCCGCCGCGUAAGAGCACACUGACCCAGCAGCAGAAAAAUCAAAAGCGACAGCGUGCAACACAGGACCAACUGGUUACACUGGAAACUGAAUUCAAUAAGAAUCCAACUCCGACUGCGGCAGUCCGCGAACGAAUCGCCCAGGACAUUAACAUGACCGAAAGAUCUGUACAAAUCUGGUUCCAGAAUCGACGCGCCAAAAUCAAAAUGAUUGCUAAGAAGAGCAUCGAGACUGGCGAGGAUUGCGAUUCUAUUCCGGACUCAAUGCGCCAGUAUCUGGCGAUGCAUUUCGACCCUCACAAACCUGGUGCCAGAGAAUUAUUKGGASGAGCCAAUGGACUUGGUGGAUUAGGAAAUGGCUUUGGCGCGGAGUCUACCCCUGGAAAGAUCGUGAUUCAGCACUUCMCCUGCCGUACCCUAAGCAUCGGCAGCUGGCGACGCAUUGGACAAAAUGCCAUGGAUUUGGUCAUAUUUUACUCGCCAGACAAGGCUACCAUGACCUAUUACAUCAACAAUGAUUCGGCUGGCUACAAAAUUGAAUACCCAUUCUCGUACAUCAAGAGCGUAAUGCUAGACAACGGCGACCUGACCCCCAAUGCAAACGGUAUGCCUACCCGACCUGGUGGCCUGGUUAUUGAAUUGAAUCGGCCGCCUAUUUUCUGGAUGGAUUGUUCGAAUUCGGGCGGUUUCUUCCAGUGUGGUGAUUUUACUGAAGACCAGCAAGCCAGUCGCGUCAUGACCCAUCACCUUGGCGGUCACCCCAAGGUUUUGAGCGUUCAGUUAGCCAAGCUCGUGUCAUUGGAAACCUUUCAAAAUCGGUUGGACUUCAACUAUUCUGUUUCUGCACCAAUCACUCCUCCUCAAGAUAUCCAUCGUCCCGCCUCUCAGCCAAAUCGAUUCACAUUGGCCCAGAUGGGCAUGUACCCGGAUUCGCAUCUAAGUGUAAAUCACAUGCCUCGAGGCCACAAACGCCAACGCAGUCGAUCAGUGCCAGCGGCCAUCGAUCUGUCUUACUUGCACACGCCAAUUGCUCCUUUCCAUAUUCAACAGCCUUCUGUAUCGCAUAUGACACCAAACCCGAACAUGUACGCUCCGAUUCCUCAAAAUCCAAACGCCGUCCACACCUUGGGAAAUGAACUCCGCAUCGACACUACCGCCACGUUUGUUGAUCCUCGGUCCUACCCGAUGUCUGCGACAACCAUGUCCGACUUUGCUGCUGCUAGCCCAUCAUUUUUCAGCGCUGCUCCCUCGACGGAAUCGAUUGCCAUAACCGGCAACCCUGGAGACCAAUUCAAUAUGUCUUAUAUGUCACCUUCGCCAAUGAUGGAACAGAAGAUGAUGAGCCAACCACCGACAUCUAUGGCUAACUUUAGCCAUGCUGAUCCUCUUAUUGCCAAUCACUCGCCUCCUCUUUCGACCAUGCACAAUACAAUAUCCAAUGACAUGUUCAACUUUGGUGGCGAUCAGCAACAGGGAUUGACUGAAGAUGGAUUUGUCUUGAGCGAGAUGUAUGCAAAACAUCACAUCAACCAUUUUCAAGAUGGCCCAAGCUUUGACUUUUCCAUGAAUGCGAUUUCGGAAACCCAGUCCCCCAUGACCGGUGAUAUGCAGGGAUUCGAUAUGAGCCAAACCACGUCGGCUUGA